AUGACCAUUCCUCGAAUGACUUCUUCGCUCACCCCUCCUUCUAUUUUAAAAGGAAAGCCAAGUACUUUCCGAAGGAAUAAUAACACACGUUUCGUAUUAGUAGGGAUGGUUAUUAUAACCACUCUGUUAUGCAUGUUCAUACGAGUUGUAACAACACAAGCCUCAUCAUUCAUUUCAUCAUCGUUGGAAAUGAAUAAUAACGAUGCUCAUGUGGUUGAAUUAAAAUUUAUGAGAACAACAAUAGGAUUAACGCAACAAAACACUUCAUCUAGUAUUGAUUGGCAAAGUGUCGAUCCACUCUUUGGUUCGCCGUGUAAUUCAACCGCACAAUGUGGAAAACAUUUAUUAUGUAUAAAUUCGACUUGUCAAUCGUGUGAUUUGGCAAGAAAUGGAGAAUUGUGUUUGGAUGAACCCUAUGUGGUGUGUCGAGUGCAGAAUCAAAGUGUGAAAUUAAUCAAUUCGAGUCAUUUUGUAAAUAUUGAUUUGGUUUGUGUGGACCAAAGAAUUUAUUUCCAAUUACGAUUUGGGAUCUUAUGGGAUCGUUUUUCUCAUCAUUUGGAGGAAUUGCUGCAGCUGCUUCAGGUGUUGGAGGAGGAGGAGUUUAGUAUCUACAUUAAGGAAUUUUUGUGGCAAAUAAUCUUAUUCAUAUUUCACACCAGCGUCCCUGUCUUGUUCCUCAUUGGAAGAUAUCCAGCCAGCGUUGCUAUUGCCCUCUCCACAAUUAUCAUCUUUGGAGCUUCUGCUAGUGUGUAUGCCACUCUCGCAUUCAAAAGACAUCCAUUAGAAAAACAACGACCUCUCAUUGAUUAUCAAAUUGCAGUCAUUGUUGAACCCAUUAUUUUAGCUGGAUCCAUUGUAGGAGUAUUUCUUAAUGUUUGGUUUCCGAAUUGGUCUUUAACUGUCAUGCUUUUACUGGUGUUGCUCAUUGUGAGUUAUCGGUCCAUCAAGAAAGGAAGACAAAUGUGGAAGAAGGAAAAUGAAGAGAGACUCCAAAAACAGCAACAACAACAACUGGAGCUUGCAAGAGGUGAUAACACUGAAGAACUUGUUGAAACGCAUCCUCAAAUGGUGGAAAUUUCUAGAUCCAUCAAUGCUGAAGAAUCCUUCGAGUUGGAAGAAGAAGAACCGAGACAAAAUCUUUCAUUGGAAGAAAGUGAACAUCAUGAACAUCAUGACGAGGAUGAAACUAAACUCGUGGUCGAUGAAAUUUCACUGGAAGAUGCCUUGGAAACUAAAUCUUACUCACCCACUUUGGAGAAAAUUAAGAAAUCAGAAUUGAUUGUAUUUCCUGUCAUUUCUUGGUGCUUGUUAUUGGUGAGCUGGACCAUUGUGUUCAUUUCGUCGUUUUUGAAAGGAGGAAAAUCAUUUCCUUCCGUGCUGGGAAUUGAAAAAUGUUCUGUUGAAUAUUGGCUCAUUGUUGCGGCAUCCUUUCCCUUGUUAUUGCUCAUGUCUGGCAUUGCUGGUAUUAUAUUGAGAUAUAUGCAUCACAAAAAGGAACAACAUGGAUACAAUUAUUUGGACGGAGAUGUCAGAUGGACCACUCGAAAUGUCACUCUCAUUCCAUUGGUAUUUUUCACAGCAGGUCUAGCAGCAAGCUUACUUGGCAUUGGUGGAGGAUUAGUGGUUGGACCUCUGCUUUUAGAAAUGGGUGUGAAUCCACUUGUGAGUGUUGCAACUUCAAGUUUCACCGUACUAUUGACUGGCUCAUCGACAGCUAUUCAAUUCUUAAUUAUGGGUGUGAUAUCAUGGGAUUAUUUCUGUUGGUACUUUGUGUGUGGAAUUCUGAGUGGAAUUGCAGGUCAAAUUGUUGUGGCAUUGUUAAUGAAACGUUUUAAUCGUCCCAGUCUCAUUGUUUUCAUAAUUGCCAUCUUUAUUGCCAUCUCAUCAAUAUUGACAGGGGCGAUGGGUAUUAAAUCACUCGUGGAUAACCUUAUGCAAGGUGGAUACUUUGGAUUUAAUAAUAUUUGUUAG